AUGCCCUUUGAGCUGGAGGCCUACGAUGUGCUCAAGAGCCGCUCUUUGAGAUCUCCAGCUCUGCGCUCUCCUCACACAGGAAGGCCUCGUCGACAACUCAUCACUCCAAUCCCAGACUACCAGGGGGGCUUCCACCUGCAGCCCCUGCCUCAGCCCCAGAGGGAGCGUGAGCUUAUGGAAGAGCUGGAGAGACUGCGUGUGUCCAGCAGCCAGGCCAGACUGUCCGCGCCUUCCAACCUCUUCACCCCUCUGCUGGACGUCCCGGUGGACAGUUAUGGGCGCUCUCGGUCUCUUAGCCCCUCCCCCACCCCCUCGCACUCAGACUCAGCCUACAGCUCGUACCGAGGGCAGCCACACCAGACUCCCCUGCACCUGUCCCCCACCCAUCCACACACAUCUGCGUCCGAGCGGAACCUCCAUGAACGCGGGCGCUCGCCCGUUAGGAACGCCUGCAGCAGGACACUCCGCGAGGCCAGUCCUGAGGUGGGGCUUCAGGGCAGGUACACCGGCUACACAGAGGUGAGUGUGCAUGUGCCCUCACCCUCCCCGCGCAGAGACAGGACGCCAAUUGCACAGUUGUUUGAGGCGCAGGGACAUGGCGCACUGUUGUCUGGGAGGCAGGGACACGACGCACCAGGGGGGAGCAGAGCAGAUGUCCCACUGCUGAAUGGACACUCCCCGCACAAUGUUAAAAAGCCUGUCCCAGCAGAGGAUUAUGACAUCAGCACACUGACCAUCCCCAAAGCCAAGAGGUCUCUGGGCAUUAGCAUCUCUGGAGGCAUCGAGUCCAAGGUCCAGCCCAUGAUCAAGAUUGAGAAAGUCUUCUCGGGUGGAGCGGCGUCCACAAACGAGGCCCUCAAGGCUGGCCUGGAGCUGCUGUCGGUGGAUGGAGAGUGCCUCCACAGAGCCUCUCACCAGCACGCAGUGGACGUCAUCCGCAGAUCCUUCAGCAACAAGGCCAAAGACCCUAUGAUCUUUGUGGUGAAGGUGCCUCGGGGCCCUAGCACUCCCAGGAGCCCGCGCAGCCCCGCCCACUGA